ACUUAGCAGCAGCAGAAGACCUCAAAGAUUCCCAGACUAUAAGCUAAAUAUAUAUUUAACUAUAAAGAAAUGUUUUAAUCACAUUAUUUAACAAUAGUGUAAAACAGAACCUUUAAACUGGUCCCUAUCCUUCCCAUAAUUACAUGCUCUGAAUAAGAGCCUGGUUCACGGCCAAUAUCCCCAUGGAGAUAUAUGAGCUUGGGGACAUAGACAACAGCUAACUAUGAUAUCGCUUGCCUUUGUUUCUUCUUGAAAAUACCAAAGUAGUUAGCUAAUGGUAAUAGAGCAGUCACUUUCCAUAUACUACUUUUUUAAAAUUAAUUUAGCUUCUUUCUCUUUUUUUUUCUUUCUUCCUUCCUUUGUUCCUUCUUUCUUUCUUUUACUUGAAAGUGAAACUAUCUCUGCUGAUGUCUUUGUAGAAAGACAGGAUUCCUUCAUAACCACACCACCACCACCUUUUAUUUUGGGGUAUGUGAAAAUAAAGGAAUGGUACACAGGAAUAAAAUCAUGCAGUUUUUCCCUGGAGCCCUGACCCACGGGAAAAUGAUAAAAAUCAUCCAAAAAGACUGUCAGUGAAAGUGGUCUUCACAUAUUCAUUAAAUGAAUGAGUGCAUGGAUCCAUAGCAGAAGGGAUUCCAAAAAGGUGAUUCAGAGAAACACAGAUCUGGAAAUGAUCUCGAGAGUUUUAUACUAUCAGUGAUGGAUAGUAUCCUAGAAUUACUUGAUCAUGGGAAACCUCCCCAAAAAUUAAGAUCAGGUACAUGCCACACCCUGCAUUAUCCACUUUAAGUAUAUACCCUGACUUAAUCCUCACAAUAGCCCUGUGAGGUUGGUAUGCUUUCCGUCUUACAGAUAAAGAACUACUAGGGUUGGCCAAAAACUUUGUUCAGAUAUUUUCCAUAACACGUUAUGAGAAAACCUGAGUGAACUUUUUGGCCAACACAAUAAACCAGAGAAGUUAAUGUGUCUGAGGUCACACAGUAAGUGGUAGGGCCGAAUUCAAACUCAGUUAUUUCUCGCAUCAGGACACUCCAGGAGGUAGUGAGCUAUGAGUUCUGUGGGUUUUGUUCUACUACUUUUCGGAUGAUAGUAAAGGUUCCAGUUGAAGAGACAAGAUAAUCAAUCAAUAUAAAGGAUGUGCAGAAGGCAAAUAUGCCUCAGUGACUACCACACACUCAAAAUGAUGUUAAGACUAAACAUGCUAUUUCCUUUACUGUACAGGUUGUGUUAUGAGCUAAUCUUCCCUCCCCUUCUCACUUUGAAAUCUUGUCUUUUGGUCAGUAAGCUAUUGAACUAGAUGCAGAUGCCCUUCUAAAAGAUGGUUUAAAAUAAUCAAAAUAAUAAUCAAUGAUAAUAAUCACAAAAAAUCAAAACUAACUUGAUUGACAUCUCAAAGAGCUUUAUUUUGUUGAACUGAAUGCCCUUCCUUGAGAUAAGGUCGCCACAAGAUUUAUUUAAUACAUGAUAAAGUCACAAGAGCAUUUAUAGAAAAUGACCCAUCAUGGGGAAGAGGAGAUGGGCCACCUUUAUCCCCUUUAUCUCCUCUCUUCUAAAAUCUCAGAUGUGGAUAUUACAUCUAGCAGAUAAGUUUUCUUACUGCCCUUCUCUCCCUAACCUAAACUUGGGAGAUUUCCAAAGUAAAUGCCUGGAUUUUUACAAAUUGUCGACAGAUAUAGCAGUUUUUCCAGUGUUGAUUUGGGGGAAAAAAAAAAACCAAAAACUGCCCUUUUGGUUUUGCCAUGCAGGAACUCUGGUUCUGGAAGUUUUAAAGAGUUAAGAGUCUGGAUGGAAUGCCUUGGGAAUGUUGGCAGGAGGCUGAAAGUCCAUCCCCUUUGCUUCUCACCCUGGAUGGAAUCCCGGAACCAUGAGCACACAGUGACGACUCCGGAUCCACGUUCUUUCUAAAAUUCUGUUCUGAUCUGCCCCGAAAGUCAGCUGAGUGUCCUCCGAGGUCCACCGAGUGCUAUUAUCUGCAGGGGAGGCUUAUUUUUACCUUGUCCUGGGAGAGUUUCUGGAGGCAGGGAGAAAAUUUAGGAGCUGUUAGCUCAUCCUUGUGCAGAAACAGUCUCUGAAGACUAGUGAGGGUGCUGGGGAGGGAGAGUAGGGGGUAGGACAGAGGCCCCAGUGGAGGCAGAGUUAUUUGGGCUGCAUUUUUCCUGGUCUGAUGACAUCUCAGUGACAUUUGAACUUGGCGUCAGGAAAAGAACACAGCCCUGCAUAUGGGGCCUGGGACCAGAAGGGCAGAGGCGGGGUCUUGGCUGGCAUGGCUGCGGGGCCGCUGGGCUCUGAGGACCUGCUGAGUGCCUGGAACCGGCUGGUGUGGGGCCUGACUUGCCGGGCUUUGAGGACGUGCCGAGGCGGGAACGUGCGGGUCCUGCAACUGAUGUUGAAACCAUGGUGCAUCUCCAGGGCUGUCUACCAGAUGACGGAGGGCCGUCGAUGUCAAGUACAUCUUCUUGAUGACCGGAAGCUGGAACUCCUAGUUCAGCCCAAGCUUUUGGCCAAGGAGCUGCUUGACCUCGUGGCCUCUCACUUCAACCUGAAGGAGAAGGAAUACUUUGGAAUUGCCUUCACGGAUGAGACGGGACACUUGAACUGGCUUCAGCUAGAUCGAAGAGUCUUGGAACAUGACUUCCCCAAAAAGUCGGGACCAGUGGUUUUAUACUUUUGUGUCAGGUUCUAUAUUGAGAGCAUCUCAUACCUGAAGGACAAUGCCACCAUCGAGCUUUUCUUCCUGAAUGCCAAGUCCUGCAUCUACAAGGAGCUGAUUGAUGUUGACAGUGAAGUGGUGUUUGAAUUGGCCUCAUAUAUUUUACAGGAGGCAAAGGGAGAUUUUUCUAGCAAUGAAGUGGUGAGGACAGACCUGAAGAAGCUGCCAGCGCUUCCCACACAGGCCCUGAAGGAGCACCCCUCCCUGGCUUACUGUGAGGACCGGGUCAUCGAGCACUACAAGAAACUCAACGGCCAGACCAGAGGCCAAGCCAUCGUCAACUACAUGAGCAUCGUAGAGUCUCUCCCAACCUAUGGGGUUCACUAUUAUGCAGUGAAGGACAAGCAGGGGAUACCGUGGUGGCUGGGCCUGAGCUACAAAGGCAUCUUCCAGUAUGACUACCAUGAUAAAGUCAAGCCCAGGAAGAUAUUCCAGUGGAGACAGUUGGAAAACCUGUAUUUCAGGGAGAAGAAGUUUUCUGUGGAAGUUCAUGACCCACGCAGGGCUUCGGUGACAAGAAGGACGUUUGGACACAGCGGCAUCGCGGUGCACACGUGGUACGCGUGUCCAGCGCUGAUCAAGUCCAUCUGGGCUAUGGCCAUUAGCCAGCACCAGUUCUAUCUGGACAGAAAGCAGAGCAAGUCGAAGAUCCAUGCCGCCCGCAGCCUGAGCGAAAUUGCCAUUGACUUGACUGAGACGGGGACGCUGAAGACGUCUAAGCUGGCCAACAUGGGCAGCAAAGGCAAGAUCAUCAGUGGCAGCAGUGGCAGCCUCCUGUCCUCAGGUUCUCAGGAAUCGGAUAGCUCUCAGUCGGCCAAGAAAGACAUGCUGGCGGCCUUGAAAUCCAGGCAGGAAGCUCUGGAGGAAACACUGCGCCAGCGGCUGGAAGAGCUGAAGAAACUCUGCCUCCGAGAAGCAGAGCUGACGGGCAAACUGCCUGUAGAGUAUCCCCUGGAUCCAGGAGAGGAGCCACCCAUUGUUCGAAGAAGAAUCGGGACGGCCUUCAAGCUGGAUGAGCAGAAAAUCUUGCCCAAAGGAGAGGAAGCCGAGUUGGAGCGCCUGGAGCGGGAGUUUGCCAUUCAGUCCCAGAUUACAGAGGCCGCCCGCCGCCUGGCCAGUGACCCCAAUGUCAGCAAAAAACUGAAGAAGCAGAGGAAAACCUCUUAUCUGAACGCACUGAAGAAGCUGCAGGAGAUUGAAAGUGCCAUCAACGAGAACCGCGUCAAAUCUGGAAAGAAACCCACCCAGAGGGCCUCGCUGAUCAUUGACGAUGGAAAUAUUGCCAGUGAAGACAGUUCCCUGUCAGAUGCCCUUGUUCUUGAAGAUGAAGACUCUCAGGUCACCAGCACACUGUCCCCCUUACAGUCCCCUCACAAGGGGCUCCCUCCUCGGCCACCGUCGCACAACCGGCCGCCUCCUCCCCAGUCCCUGGAGGGACUCAGGCAGAUGCACUAUCACCGCAACGACUAUGACAAGUCGCCCAUAAAGCCCAAAAUGUGGAGCGAGUCCUCGCUAGAUGAGCCUUACGAGAAGGUCAAGAAACGUUCCUCGCACAGUCACUCCAGCAACCACAAGCGCUUCCCCAGCACGGGGAGCUGUGCCGAAGCAGGAGGGGGGAGCAGCUCCCUGCAGACCAGCCCCAUCCGCAGCCUCCCGCACUGGAACUCGCAGUGCAGCAUGCCAUCCACACCUGACCUCCGCGUCCGGAGUCCCCACUACGUGCAUUCCACGAGGUCGGUGGACCUCAGCCCCACGCGGCUGCACAGCCUGGCCCUGCACUUUCGGCACCGGAGCUCCAGCUUGGAGUCCCAGGGCAAGCUCCUGGGCUCAGAGAACGACACGGGGAGCCCCGACUUCUACACGCCACGGACUCGUAGCAGCAACGGCUCGGACCCCAUGGACGACUGUUCGUCGUGCACCAGCCACUCGAGCUCGGAGCACUACUACCCGGCGCAGAUGAACGCCAACUACUCCACGCUGGCCGAGGACUCGCCGUCCAAGGCGCGCGCGCGCCAGCGCCAGCGCCAGCGGGCGGCGGGCGCCCUGGGCGCGGCGAACUCGGGGAGCAUGCCCAACCUAGCAGCGCGCGGCGGCGGCCACGGCGUCUACCUGCACAGCCAGAGCCAGCCGAGCUCGCAGUACCGCAUCAAGGAGUACCCGCUGUACGUGGAGGGCGGCGCCACGCCGGUGGUGGUGCGCAGCCUGGAGAGCGACCAGGAAGGCCACUACAGCGUCAAGGCGCAGUUCAAGACCUCCAACUCCUACACGGCCGGCGGCCUCUUCCGGGAGAGCUGGCGCGGCGGCGACGAGGGCGACGCGGGCCGCCUGACGCCCUCGCGCUCGCAGAUCCUGCGGACUCCGUCCCUGGGCCGCGAGGGCGCCCCCGACAAGGGCGCCGGCCGCGCCGCUGUCUCGGACGAGCUGCGCCAGUGGUACCAGCGCUCGAGCGCCUCGCACAAGGAGCACAGCCGCCUGUCGCACACCAGCUCCACCUCCUCGGACAGCGGCUCCCAGUACAGCACCUCCUCCCAGAGCACCUUCGUGGCGCACAGCAGGGUCACCCGGAUGCCCCAGAUGUGCAAGGCCACGUCAGCUGCCUUACCUCAAAGCCAGAGAAGCUCAACACCGUCAAGUGAAAUCGGAGCGACGCCCCCCAGCAGCCCCCACCACAUCCUAAGCUGGCAGACCGGGAGCUACGGUGACAGCUGUUUCCUGGACUCUUCCCUCUAUCCAGAACUAGCUGAUGUCCAGUGGUACGGGCAGGAAAAAGCCAAGCCCGGGACCCUUGUAUGAGCCCGCCGGCCUCCACCUGACCGCCUCGCCGCCAUUCUGAGAUCACCUCACUGCCUCUCAUUUGCCUUACCCAGACGCACUGUCUCCCUGCACCAGCUUCAGCCCUCAGCACUUUUUUUCUCCUGUCUCCGCAACCCCUCACCCUCAAAAAACCUGACUGAGGAGACAUUCUGGAAGGUUCCGGUCCCACUGUGUGUCCCCUGGCUCCCUUGCCCAGAGAGCCAGGCACCAGUCCUCAAUGGCAUCUUGGUGCCCCCCACCCCUCCGUGACAGCCCCCGGGCCAGGAACCGGCGGGGAAGCUGGUUGGCAUGGAUUCCUGUGGACCAGUGGCACUGGGGAGACCAGGGAAGGGACUCAGUACAGGGUGAUCCAGAAAGACUAGGGAAGCGGAGGCCCACCCGCCACCUGAAGGCCAUCCACGCAUGUUGUGAAGAGGCUGCCUCGGGGAAUAUUCAGCUGAAAUAUUUCCUAGGAGGAGUGGCUAUUGGGGGAGGGGGGAACGGAAACAGGAAGCUGAACACGUCAGAGAUGCAUCCGAGGAUCACAAUCAGUUCUAUGCUGCCAAAGAUUUUAAAAAACACACACACACAAAAUAAGAGGGCCCAAGAGGAAGACAUUCCUUCUGCAAUGAAAUCUCUUAAAUCCUCAACUGCGACCACAUCCCACACGUGGAAGUCGACCAUCUGUGACGUGUCCCCCUCUGUAACCCUUCCCUGGACAUUCACCUCCCUCUCCCGAGAGCCUGAAAACUCACCCAAGGUGAUGGGCAAGUCGGACAGCCCCAGCCAGCAUUGCUGACUUGAAUCUCCACGAGCCUGGACGCGAAGGAGAACAGCCCCAUGGCGGGCAACAGAGAGUCCGCUCAGCCCCGGCCUGCAUGGGGGUUCAGUCCGAGACACAGACCUGCCUUCCUCUGGGGAUCUGUAGGGAGCGUAAGGUGAUGGUUGCCAAAAGUGGUUCUCUCAUUAAAACAACCAGUAAACGCAUAUCCUAUUUUUUCGCACAAGGUGUUUCAUUUGAUUUUUACGGGAAGCCAAGGGAAAAAAAAGCACAUUACAAUCCAUUAAAGUAUUUACCUGUCACGGCCCAUUUUCUGUUUGUUAGCACUUGUGUGACAAAGAGCUCAGAUCCGACGUCUCUCAGCACCCGGUGACCAAUGUGUCACUUCUUCCAAGAACCCAACUACACCCUUAGAUAGGAAGACUGUACUCACGUGUCUACCAGCUGGCAGGCAGAGCAGGGUUGAAAAAAUAUAUCAGCUCCCAGAGGGCCCGGAUGCCUGUGACACCAUCAGCUACCUUGAUGUAUCACGUUGGUCUGCAGGUACCAAAAAAGGAAGAGAGAAAACAGGUGUGUGGGAGCUGCCCGUUUACAUGUGUGUUGAGCUAUGCUCAAUACACAACUGGAAAGCCAUCCGUUUCUCCAAAGGCCUCAAAAUACUUUUCUAAUACUAACAAGUGCACACUCUGAGUUGGCUUGUUUCAAAUGGCACAAACAUGGUCUCCACAGAGAUGGGACGCUGUGCUUACCUGGCGCAAGUAGGGGGGAGGUGCGGGGGGGGAUUAAUUUUUUUCUCACUUAUAAUGACUCUUCCUAUUGGAAAGGCAGUGGACAGCCAGAUAGGAGCUGGGUUGGCUGUAGAUUUGUGGGUAAGCAGAACUGAAGCUAGCUUUAGCAUAAAAAGAAAAGUCUUUUUUUUUUUUUAAUGUAUAUGUAAUCCAAGAAUAACAAUAGACUCUACCAGACCAGGAGGGUAGGCAUGGAUACUUACCAGUGGUUAAAAAGCAACAGCCACGGUGUUUCCCCCACUGCAGGGUGUUUCCCCCGCUGCAGGUCAGAAAGCACUGUGGGACUCCUCUGGGGCGCGGAGCAGGAUGGGGCCAGUUGGGACGGUUCAGGGCCUGGCUCCCUGGCUGCGUUGGUGAUACCAGCUUGCAGAAGGGAGUAAUAUUCACAGAACACUCUGGGGGUAGACCCUGCAGGGUAAAUAAAAUUGAUGAUAAUGUUAUUAAAGGAUUAUGGGGAUUGACAUGGGGGGAGGGGUGUUGCUCUUACUUUACAGUCAAGAGUUAACAAACAGCAAGUUUUUUCCCUUCCCAUUUGGAAACAAGUCUCUAUGAGGCCAGAUUCUUUCUCCCAAAAGAAGAUGCACAAAUAACAAACUGAACUCUCAGAGUUAAGUCAAAAGGGAACUAGAGGAGGUGACAAGCUUAUAUGGCUACAGGGCAUACAACAUGGACAGUAGUUUGAAAUCAAGUUGGAAGUCAGCUCGAUCAAGUUUUUAGCCCAGUUGGGUUACAAGGAAUGACAGACAAAAAUUCUAUCUCAACACGUGGGUUUGGGAUUCAGGAGACAGAAAGGAGUGGAGGUGGGGGUGGGGGGUGGAAUUACAGUUCAGACAAACAUCCUGAUAGUCUGGUAGCAAAGACAGAGAUUAAGUAAAACAGGUUUUACUGUUGAGCUGCAUUCAUGUUCCUACAAGAUGUACAUAAAGUGUUGGUCCUGUGAGACUGACAUGAUUAAUGAUCAGUGUGGUGGGAAGUGAUAUAGUUAUUGUACACAAGCACUGGCAAGCUCUUUAUAUUUCCCUAUUUCUUUAAAGCAUCUUAAUGAAAUACGAAACCCUGGUCUGAUAUAAAGUCCCUAUUGGAUUCCUUGGAUACGUGUAAGAAACUGCCUGUUUAGCCAGAAGGCUGGUGAAAACACCUACAUCAGACUUUGUUGUGAGACAGGUGGGUUUUUUAAUUUUCUUAUAUGCAGGUGAGUGUUGAAACUGUUCAAAUUCCACUUUGUUUUCAUUCAGUAUUAGUUUAGUUCUUCAUAGAGCAAACCCCAUCCAGGUGCUAUCAGAUGACCAGUUACUGCUUAAUUAACUAGGUGUAAAGUUUUACAUAUACAUUCAUGUCAAUAGUUUAUUACAAGUUGUGUAAAAUGGACUCUAGUUUAAUAAUGGGGAGGAAAGGAUUAGGUUGCUCCUGAAACUGACUUGUAGAGCAUGUAAGAUGAUUUUACUGGAUUCUGUUCAACUGUAAUCAAUGACAAAGAUGUAUGUUGUAGACAAAGUUGCAGAAUUAAAAAGAAAUCUGCUUUUAAUUUAUUCUUUUUGUAUUAAGAAUUUGUAUAGUACCUUUACAUUUUGCAAAACAGUGUUGUCAACACUUAUUAAAGCAUUUUCAAAAUGAAAAGA